UACUUUUGACCCAUGCUAUUGUUCCAUAACCUAUGGACAAUUAUCUUAGUAGAUUUUUUAAUAAUAUUGAUAUACAUAUUUAUUUUCUAGGAAAUGGAAUUUAUUAAAACAUCAAUAAGAAUUUUCUUACGCCACAGAAAUGUAGUGAACAGACAAAUAAUGAAUAAGGUUCAUAAUACAAAGAUAACUGAGGAAUCGUUACCCAAGGAAAGACACUACAACAAAAGUAUACAAAAUAAUCCAAAUAAAGUUGAUACUUUAUUGAAUAUAAAACAAACUUUAUCCUCAUUGUUUGAAACGAUUAAUCCAUCCGAGGAUUUAUUUUUAAAUAUACGCAAUGACAUCAUUAAUAAACAUUUGAUACCAGAAAAAAGUGUCGACCUUAAGAUUUUGGAAGCAUGUAUAAUGUAUGAUAAAUUUGAAACCGCUAAAUUUUACUUCGAAUAUUUAAAAAGCAAGAAUUAUCCUAUGAAUAAUUUUAUUCUAAUAAAAUAUCUGCAAGUAAUUAACGCAAGAAAAAUACCAAUAUCGAAUGAUAUACAGGAAGAUAUUAUAAAUAUAUGCAAUAAGAUACAGAAGGAUUAUGAAUGUUUACCUACUCCGAUUUUGAUGACUUGCGUUCAUGCUUUAUGUCUGACUAGCAAAUGGAAAACGGCCAUUGAUUUAAUUAAAGUUAAUGGUACAAUGGAAGAUAUUACUUGUGCCACGUUAUCCUGUAUAGUACUGGCAGCAUUUAAAAAUGGGACACCAAAGAUCGGAUUUGAAUUUCUAGAAGAAAUAGAAACUAAUAAGGAUUAUGUUCAUGGGAGGAAAACUAUAUACAAUAUAUAUUUAAAUUAUUAUUUGCAAAAUAAACAAGAAAAAUUGAACGAUGCGAUUCAUAAAAUGUUUCAUUUUUGGAAGAAACUUGAUGUUAUACCAGUAAAAUCUGUUAUCGAUAUAUUUGUAGAUGUUUGUAUAAAAUCAGGAUGGGAGGGACAUUAUGUUAAGAUUUCAACUGAUGGUCAAUGUAGUCAUUGCCAAAAUUAUUUACCAUCGAUUACUUUAAAAAAUAAUUUUAGCAAACUAUCUGAAGCUAUCAUUUCUAACAUAAUAAUAGGUGAAGAUAUUUUUCAAAGGACCUCUCCAUUAGAAUUUAAAAAAUUUAAAAGUUUUAUUAGAAAAUUCCAACCAUUUGACAUUGUGGUAGAUGGUCUUAAUGUAGCAUUAAACAAGGCUCAAAUGAUGGAACACAUAGUAGACAAAUUUACUGCAGAAGGUAAAAAAGUUUUGAUCAUUACACGAAAACAUCAAUAUAAAGUCAGCAAAUGGAUGUUUAAUCGGGAUAACGUAUAUGUUUAUUUCCUUCAAGAUAUCACACAGGAUGAUCCUUUUAUUUUAUAUGCAACAUUAGCUAGUGGAAAUAAUUCGAAAUUUAUUUCUAUCGAUCAAAUGCGACAACAUCAUCAUAAGCUCAAAAAAUUUAACCUACACAAAGACUUUAUACGGUGGCAAUUUAGUCAUCAAUAUACUUGGUAUUAUAAUAAUGUAACCAAAAUGAGUACUUUAAUAGAGCCUAUAUCGUAUGAUUCUUUUAUGCACAAUCAAAAUGGUCAUUGGCACAUACCUUAUAACGAUUCGCUGAAACAGAGGCACACGCCUUCUAAAACAUGGGUCUGCUUACGUUGCCCUAAAAAAUGAUUAAUAAUAAGUAUAUUUAUUUUAUUGAUUAA